GUUGUGCCAGCGAUACGUCACAGUUAAAUGUCUGAUCGUUGAUAAGUACGAUUGAUUUCCUGUGAUCUGAUUUACAUGUAGUGAAUCUAAUAGUUUUAAAUAUGAAAGUUGUUAAGUAACGGACAACAUGUAAUUUAAUCGAAAUUAAUGACUUGGUAGUUUUUUUUAAUUGACGGAAUGAAGAGGAUAUAUUAAGAAUUUUAAUAGUUCAAAAUGGGACGAGGAAGACAGUUUGUUCCCUCGGUGGAUCCAGAUGGAUCUUGGUUCGUCCAUCGUGGAAGUAACAGUGCCAAAUUGGAAAGAACAUGUGAUACAAGUACUGGUUCCAUGAUGAACGCUCAAUUUGUCGAACCCGGAAAGCCUGCUCCACCACCGGAACCAUUUCGUGCAAAAACCAUGAUCAACUACAAAAUUUCCAAUGUGUUUUCUGAGCACGAUAACCGACACUCUUUCCAGGAUCAUGGAGUAUACUUUGGUGAUGGUCGAUAUGAUCGCACUUUAGGGAGACGGUUGAUAUUGCCAGAUUUAAGACUUCAUCACACAGACAAUGUUUACUUAAAACACAAUGAUCGUGUACCAGUAAACUUUGAUCUAAAUACGUCAUAUGCUGUGACAUAUCAAGGAAAACCAACCGGGGAACCCCCAGUGCACAGAAGGUUCCCUAAACGGUAUAAACCUCCCAAUAGUGGACCAGCAAAACUAGAAACCAAAACUACAGACUGGUAUAAGCCACCGGAAGUGCCCCACAAGACUGCCAUGCAAGUAAUGGCCACAAGUCAAGAACCUUUUGCAAAGCAUAAUUCGUGGAAAUAUUCCUAUAAUGGAAUGAGACGUAUAUACCCGCAAUACGACAGAAAAGAACAACCAGUAGUAAAAAAUGAAUUUAAUAAAUAUGGCGCCGCAUUUGUUACCAGAAGUUAAGAUUUUUACACUCAUGUAAGGAUCAUGUAUUCUUGUUGAGACCCUAUACACUUAACUUCAUAUGUGUUUUAUUUUUUUUACACUUGCCUUUCAUGUUUUAUUAAUAUCUAAAUUAAUACUUUAUUUAUUAAAGUGUAUGUUGACAAUCCAGUAUUAUUUCUGUUUAUUAAAUUACAUAUUCUAUGUUA